UUCAUUGGAGGGUGGAGAAUCCUCCACGUGUGUGAAACGUUGGCUACCCAAAGCCCACACCUCACAAUUUAUACAAUCUUACAAUUUCUAUAUUACCAUUUCAUUCUUUCAUAAUUCAAUUCCUUCUGAAGUUUGAAACUCCACCGAUGGCUGAGAACUUCAUGCGCGCAGUUCAAUAUGAUGCUUAUGGCGGUGGACCGUCUGCUUUAAAGCACAGGAAACUUGGAGUUCCAAGUCCAGAGAAAGAUGACGUAGUUGUAAAAGUAGAGGCAGCAAGUAUUAAUCCUUUUGAUUGGAAAGUCCAAAAAGGGAUGUUAAGACCACUUCUUCCACGUAAAUUCCCUUUUAUUCCUGGUACUGAUGUUGCUGGAGAGGUAGUAGCUGUAGGAGUGGGAGUAAACAAAUUCAAAGCUGGUGAUAAAGUGUUAGCUAUGAUUAACCCCUUUAAUGGAGGGGGGUUGGCUGAGUUUUCAGUUGUGAAAGAGAGCAUAACAGCCCACAGACCACCAGAAGUCUCACCUUCUGAAGCUGUAGGCUUACCCGUUGCCGGUCUAACCGCUUAUCAAGCUCUCACACAUCUCGACGUAGUCCCCAGUCACCAACCAAACAUUCUGGUCACCGCAGCUUCUGGCGGGGUCGGGCACUAUGCCGUUCAAUUGGCAAAGCUCCAAAAUGCACAUGUAACAGCAACUUGCGGGGCUCGAAACAUCGAACUAGUCCGGAACUUAGGGGCAGAUGAGGUUCUUGACUACACAACCCCGGACGGUGCUGCUCUAAACAGCCCGUCGCAGCGUAAAUACGACAUUGUAGUACAUUGUGCAACUGGGAUACCGUGGUCAAGGUUCGAGCCUAAUUUGAGUCCUAAUGGGAAAGUGAUAGAUAUUACUCCUGGAUUUGGGACAUUGUUGAGUUAUGGUCUUCAGAAGGUGAGUUUCUCAAAGAAAAAGUUGGUGCCUUUGUUACUAAAUCCUAAAGGUAAGGAUUUGGAAUAUUUGGUUAUGUUAAUGAAAGAAGGGAAGCUCAAGACUGUGAUCGACUCAAAGCAUCCUUUGAGUGAGGCAGAAAGGGCUUGGGCUAGGAGUAUUGAGGGCCAUGCCACUGGAAAAAUUAUUGUUGAGCCUUAGGUUUAUUUAAUUUACUUGAUGGAAAUAAAAAAAAAUGAUUAUUGGAAGAGCAUUUAAAUGAAAUGAAUAAAAAUGAUGUUAAUUUAAGGGUU